AUGGACUUGAGCUACGAUCCUGCUCACAUCCAGGGCAAAACCAUCCUCAUCACCGGCGGCGCUGCUGGUUUCGGUGCCGCGUUUGGUGCCCGUUGGGCAGCUGCUGGAGCCACCGUGAUACUUGGUGACAUCAACACGUCGGCGGGAGAAAAGGUCACCGCACAGAUCCGCGAGGAAUCCCAGAAUCAAAAUGUUCAUUUUAUCAAAUUAGAUGUCACCUCCUGGACUUCACAGGUGAACUUCUUUCGCCAAGCCGUGGAAUUAAGUCCACAUGGUGGAAUCGACACCGUCGUUGCAAAUGCAGGCAUCAACGAUGCCCCAGAAGCAACAGCUUUUGAAAAACCUCAAGUCGACUACUUGAACGAUCCCAGCCCGCCCGCUCCCAGUUUUAAAACACUUGAUGUCAAUUUAACUGGCGUCAUGUAUACAGUGCAUCUUGCAUUAUUCUUUCUCCCGAAAAACCCUGAUUCCAGCAACUGCAAGCCGGAAUCUCCUACUUCUGAGCCAGGGAGAGAUAGACACAUCCUGCUACUGGGCUCCGUCGCAAGCUUACACCCACUCAUGACGCAGACUCCAUAUACUGUUUCGAAGCAUGCAGUUCUUGGACUUUUCCGGUGCUUGCGAAUCUCGGCUCCGCUAAAUGCUGGCGUUCGAGUAAACAUCGUCUGUCCCUACUAUACAGAUAGCCAAUUCAUGCAAGCACCCGUUCGAGCCCUGUUAGCAGGCACUCCACUGGGGAAGCCCGAGGAUGUCAUCGAAGCGGCGACAUAUUUGGUUGCAGAUUCGAGGUGUUCAGGUCGCUCAUUAGUUACUGGGCCAAAGCUGAAACUCGACGCUUCAACUGGAAAACUGGAUGUUCUUCGCGAUGACAGUGGUGAACAGAUACAAGAAGGACCUAUUUGGGAGUGCUAUCUACAUGAUAUGGAACCGGCAGAUAUUUUUACUCAAAGGAUGUUGGGACUUGUUCAUGUUGCAAUCAAAGCAAGAGGAUGGAUUGGUUGGGCGUAUGAUAUGGCUGGUGCGCUGACGUGGCCGAUCCGUCAGCGGUGGAAUCGGAGUUCAAGAUAA